UGCGUGUCGAAAAUUAAGAAGAUUGCAUCCCUCGAUCGCAUCUCUCUUUGAACCGGCUUGCGGAUUAUGUGCUGCAUGAUCAUCCUGUAAUAUUUAUUUGAAUAAACGAGCUUUUCUCUGUCUCUCUUUCACAUUAUGUCGUACGACAACAAGCCUGACAUGAUCGGCAUGCCCGAAAAGAAGAAAGUCGAACAACGAGAUUCAAUCGUAAUCGAAGAUGUGCCAAGUACGAAAAUCGCGGAUUUCGAAACGGCGAUCUCCGCCGCUGGAACCGGAAAGUUUCAGCAUCUCCUCAUUUUUGCGAUUAUCCCGGCUUCCUGGGCAUCGAGUAUGGACACGGCUAACAUGUCGAUGAUACUUGCGUCAGCGGAGUGUGAUUUGGGAUUGUCAUUGUUUGACAAAGGAAUUUUGAAUGCAAUUACCUAUGUAGGUAUGGUGCUGAGUGGCUUUAUAUGGGGAUACCUCGCUGAUGUUAAAGGAAGAAAAAAAGUUAUCUUAUAUGGCUAUCUGGCAGACGGUAUCUGCAACGUUCUCGCAGGUUUCUCGCAAAAUUUCGAGACGCUUGUCUUCUUCAAAUUUCUCAGUGGAAUUAUUGUAAGCGGACCACAUGCCACUCUUAUGGCGUAUUGCGCGGAAUUCUAUGGAGCUGAAGGGAGAGCAAAAAUUCCUAUUCUUGUCGGUUUCUCCGUGCAGUUCGGAUGUGUAGUUAAUGCAGCAUUGGCUUGGCUAGUGGUUCCUCAGCCAUGGUCAUUUUCCAUUUGGGACGGUGCUUUUGUGUACAACUCCUGGAGGAUUUUCUUGUCUCUCUGUGGAGUACCAACGUUGAUAGGCGUUGUUUGUCUCUGCUUCUUCCCGGAGAGUCCCAAGUUUCUGAUGACACAAGAUCGCAAUGAAGAAGCGCUUGAGGUCUUUAAGAGAAUCUUCAGCGUAAACACUGGUCUUCCCAAAGAUAACUAUCCUGUGCAUGCCUUGGGCGAUGUAAAUUCAAACAAUACAAAUACGAAACAAUAUGCACCGGAAUCUCAAAGCGAUACAAAGUCAUGCUUGAAGAAUGGAAUUCAGCAGAUGAAGCCUAUUUUCCAGAAGCCAUAUUUGUCACGCAUUUUGUUGCUUAUUACUACACAAUUCUGUGAAAUGCUAUGUUUAAACACCCUUCGUCUUUGGCAACCGCAGCUCUUCACGACGAUAGAGAACUUUGACAAUCUCGAUACCAAUAUAACAAAUCCUACCUUCUGCGAGAUAAUAGAUAUUUCAACGGCUGCCGAUGCAAGUAAAAAUGUCACAUUGCAAGGAGCGUCAGGCUGUGAGAGUGUUGUCGUGUCUGAUUCGACGUAUCUCGACACUGUGAUUGUAUCGGCGACUGCUAGCGUUUUUAUCUUCUUUGCCAGCAUCUUUGUCAACUAUCUUCAACACAAGUAUCUCGCGCUCGUCAGCUAUGGAAGUGCGCUUCUGUGCCUGAUAGCUUUAAUCUGGUCUACAAAUGCGUUAAUCACUCUUGUACUUACGUGUUUGUACCUUGGAUUAUUGUGUAAGAACUUUAACGUCAUGGUUGGCGCAACCGUUUUGCUCUUCCCCACGUCUCUGAGGGCCAUGGCGGUGAGCAUGGAGAUGAUAGUAGGAAGAAUAGGAUCCAUGAUCGGCAAUCUCAUCUUCCCUAUCUUACUUCAAUACGGCUGUAUAGCACCAAUUAUCAAUCUGGCGUGCUUCACCUUGCUGUGCAUACUGUUCACGUGUUUCCUUCCGAGCACACGCAAGCCCGCGGAGUAAGGAACGCUUCGCUUCUCCCUUCGUUGCUUUCAAUAUCGAGGGAAUAAAGCGGGAUCGUGGCAGACCUUCGGAUCUUCUAGAGAAGAUCGCCGCUCUAAUCAAUUCGCUCAAUUUUUGGCAACCAGCAAAGUUACAUUUCCACGCGACCGUGAUAAAUUGGCGUUCGCUUGCGAGGAUUCACCUAGCAAAGCCGAACCGAAGGCUUCAACAAGGACCUGGAUCGAAGCUUAUCGCGGACUAUCAUCGAGCCCGUACGAGGGCGGACAAUGGUCAUGCAUAUACAUGCACCACACAGCGAAUGAAGACCGCACGAGCGGGGAGCCUUGAGUUUCACUUUCGACACAUCCUGGAGAGCCCUCCAGCCUUCACCCACAUGCUCGUUCUUCUCUAUCCCGCGGCUCUCCUCGUGUGGACGCAGCUUUAUCGUGGAUCUCAGGACCUCGCCAACGCCGUCGUCGAUCGCGGCAGUAAAAUGUUUCGACGUACGUGGAUCGGCACGCACGUGAAAACGGCCCACCCACUCGGGAAAAUCAGGAGAAACGUGCGAGCAGAGCGCGCGCCGUCCUCAAAUGCGUCGUUAUCGUGCCGUGUAUUUCCGGUUCUUAAUGACUAAUUCCUUUAUGGCAGAGAUAUUUCGAAUGCUUUCGGGUAACAAGUAUAGAUACGUGAAUUGCGAGGCGCAAUUCGUGUAAUCUAUUUCACGGUAUUUAACACGUUUCCUCCCGCGUGUACCAUUUUCGGUACACACUGAUUGUGAAACUCAUUUUCCAAGUGAUAUUUUUAUCAUUGAUAGACGAAGUGCAAGUGCAAUAAUUGUUGGUAUCAAGUUUCAUUAUUUACUUUAAAAAAUAAAUUUCCAAAAAGCGAAAGAAUUGAUAAUUUUUAUCAAACUCUAUAACGAAUAUUUUUCAAAUUUACUCUUCUAACAAAUAAAUUUCAAAAACUGAAAAAAUUGAUACUUUUUAUCAAAUUCUAUAACGUGUAUCAUUUUUGGUGAACACAUGACCUGAAAAUGACAGCUAUUCAAAAACGGCUGGGCAGGGAACGUGUUAAUGUAAAGCUGUGCUCUAAGGUGAUCAAGCGGAUGAUACUUGCGAAACCUAACAGCAAUUUAGCGAUUGCAGAAUUGAUAAACCGCUUACACAGUCUCCAUUUAUGGCCACGCACGCAAACUGUGAUACAACUUGUAAAAAGCUAUGUAUAUUUCAAAAUCGUACAUUUUGCGGCUGUGUAUUUUGUGACGCAUCGUUUAUCUAUUAUUUUAUCGCGAAUGAUAUAUUUAUGUAUAUAAUAACUGUUUUAAA